AUGGGAGCUGGAGCUGAAGACCCGAUUCCCUCAUCCUCGCCGGCAUUUGCAACACCUGCCCGUCCAUUUCGCCUGCCACGAGGCCAUGCGCCUCCUACAAAGACUUCCAUCCUACCUAUCCUGCUUCCACCUGCGACUCUUCGACCUGUGGCAUUCCGCACAUUCACUCGCAAGCACAAUCUCACAAUAUCCUCAUCGGCACUGCAAACUCUCGCUGUUUUCAUUGGCAAGAAUUGUGGCUCAGGAUGGCGCGAGGAAGGAUUGGCAGAGAAGGCCCUAGACGAAGUGGCCAAGAUCUGGAAAAGAGCUGGAGGUGGUGUGAUCGUGGAAGAAGGCAAGGGUGCCUCCUUGAAGGUCAUCCUGCAAACACUCGAGAGCGGUAUGAGUGGUGGGCGAGUGGUUGCAGGAAAAGGCAAUUCUCAAGACGGCCCUGGAAGGACUUCCAGCCUCGGCGUGGACGCCGGGAGGAUGGACACCAGCAAUGACCACUCGCAAGGAUCGCUCACGAUGAGAGCCGGGGACAUGGAUGAAGACGAGUCAAAGUUGUCAUUUCAUCCGCGGCACUGGCUGAAGGUAGUCGACGCAUUUGAUCUUCCACGCUUGACCUACAACGUCGACAAGAAAUACUUUGAGGCCCUCAAGUCGAAACCCACGUUGUUCCCACCACCAUCACGCAAAUCUGCGCUUUUCAGAGACCGUUAUAACCUGGUAUAUCAACGCCUUCUACGAAAUGAGUCUUUCCAGAGCUCUUUGGGAGUUGCUGGUAUGCCAUCCCUUCAACGGUCAUCAUCAAACCUUGGAAUGCAACAGUCAUACAAGUUGACUCCAAUCGCUAACUUGCUCGGACGAAGUGGCACUUCACAUCUUCUUCUUGGCUUGCUUUCGAUUUCACCUACUGGAGACUUGUCAUUGGUGGAUUUGACGGGAACUGUAGCAUUGGACCUCAGCCAUGCUCGGAUGAUUCCUGAAGAUGGCGCAUGGUUUGCCCCGGGGAUGAUUGUGCUUGUAGACGGUAUCUAUGAGGAGGAAGAAAUGGUCCAGGGCUCUCUCCUGGGCGGUAACCAUGGAGUUGGAGGAGCCAUCGGAGGUCAUUUUGUUGGAGUAUCGAUUUGCGGGCCUCCCUGUGAGCGAAGAGAUAUCUCCCUUGGGACAGGCUCGCGACAAGCCAGCGGUGAUGUCAGCUCCAGCGGUGGAUUCGGAUGGGUAGAUUUCUUAGGGACGGGCAGUGAACGCGCGCAGGGCGCACGUAUGAGGAGACUUCAAGAGAAAUGCCUACGCGGUGUCCCAGAAUCUACAGAGUCUACAGCGCGACUCAAGGUUGCCAUCCUGAACGAGGUCAAUCUGGACAACAUGAAAACGCUGGAUGCGCUGCGAAAGGUCUUCAGCACGUAUAAUGACCUUGCCCUCUCUGAGCGGCCUCAGACAUUCAUCUUGAUUGGCAACUUUGUGCAAAAAGCAAUUAUCAACGGCGGAGGCCGAGCCGGCAGCAUCGAGUAUAAAGAGUACUUCGACUCACUCGCAGUGGUUCUCUCCGACUUCCCGGCGCUCCUCCAACAUUCGACCUUUGUCUUUGUCCCCGGCGACAACGAUCCAUGGGCAUCCUCAUUCUCGACCGGUGCAGCAACCACCAUUCCCCGACAGCCCAUUCCAGAACUAUUCACAUCUCGCAUUCGCCGCGCUUUUGACACGGCCAAUUCCGAGCUGGACAGGAGCCAGACCUCCGAGCCAGCAGGCGAUGCACUGUGGACGUCGAAUCCCGCACGUCUUUCAUGGUUUGGACCAGUACACGACAUUGCAAUCUUCCGCGAUGAUAUUUCCGGUAGACUUCGACGCACAGCAAUUAACACUCGACCAGACGAAGAUGAGUCCAACGAUGCCAUGCAAGAAACACUAGACGAAGCCACAAACGACGCCGUCUCCGUCGCACCUGAACUCGAACAACCCAGCGGCACCAAAUCAAACGGUACAUCACCCGCAGCAUCGAUGGCUCGCAAAUUAGUCAAAACAAUCCUCGACCAAGGCACAAUGUCUCCCUUCCCCCUUCAAUUGCGACCCGUGCUAUGGGACCAUGCGUCUGCAGUGCAAUUAUAUCCACUGCCGACGGCGUUGGUCCUCGCCGAUGCUGAAGCCGCCCCGUUCUGCAUGACUUACGAGGGAUGUCAUGUGAUGAACCCAGGACGAUUGUUACCACAGGGUGACGUGCAAGCUGUAAAGUGGAUUGAGUUUGAUGUGUUGAGGAAUCGUGGGCGGGUUAAGGAGGAGCGGUAUUAA